AGCGGACGAAAGAGAGUCCACUUCCGGGCGUUGCGGGUGCUUGUGUCUUUUGAGUUAUUACAGAGCUGCACUAAGCUUAUUUCAACGGCUAAUUUUAUGUAUUGUUACCCAUGGUUUAGUUUUUUUUUUGUAGACCCAUUGGAAGAAAAACAAUAGUUUAGGGAACAGUGCUACUUUGUUUGCGAGCAACGUUUUUACAAAAACCGUUACAAGCUCUUGAGUUGCAGCAGCCUAACCUUGGGGGACAACGAGUGGCCUGAGAUAUGUCCACUAUGGAGCCACCGCCAGUCGCCCUCAAGUGGGAUCCCAAGAACCUCGAGAUCAAAACACUGUCCGUGGAGAAAACUCUGGAACCCCUGGUCAUACAGGUGACAACACUGGUAAACACAAAGGGACCAUCUAAAAAGAAGAAAGGCCGUUCAAAGCGGGCUCAUGUCUUGGUUGCUGCUGUAGAGCGGGCCACAGAGAACUUCAUCAAAAAGGGAGAAGAGAUUGCAACAGAGAACCCCGACAUACAUCAGGAAAUGAUGGCAGCUGUAGAUGAAGUGCGGAAGACAGGAGAGGCCAUGAGCAAAGCCUCGCGCGAGUUUGCGGAGGACCCUUGCUCGUCAGUCAAGAGGGGUAACAUGGUGCGCUCAGCACGGAACCUCCUGUCUGCUGUCACUCGACUACUGAUUCUUGCCGACAUGGUGGAUGUACACCGGCUGCUAAAAUCUUUGCGUGUGGUUGAGGAUGACUUGGACAAAGUCAAGAAUGCGUCCAGCCAGUCCGAGUUGAUGGAGUUCUUCCGAAACUUCGGUGUCAACACUGUUGACCUGAUACAGCAGGCUGCACGUAGGCAGGCGGAGCUGAAGGACUCAAGGUUGCGAGAUGACCUUGCUGCUGCCAGGGCAGUGCUGAAGAAAAAUAGCAUGAUGCUCCUCACAGCCUCGAAGGUCUACAUUCGUCAUCCUGAGCUUUCAGCUGCCAAGGAGAACCGAGAUUUUGUGUUUCGGCAAGUGUGUGAAGCAGUCAACACAAUUGGCGAUGUUGCACAGGGUCGUGCUGGUGCCUUAGUGCCAUCCUAUGAGGGCCCCGGCGAGUUAGCAGCUGCACUGGAUGAUUUUGAUGAGCGUGUUGUGCUGGAUCCACUCACCUACAACGAACUGCGCACCAGGCCAGCUUUAGAAGAGAGGCUGGAGAGUAUUAUCAGUGGAGCUGCCCUCAUGGCCGAUUCAUCAUGCACUCGCGAUGAACGGCGAGAGCGCAUCGUGGCGGAAUGCAAUGCUGUUCGGCAGGCGCUGCAAGACCUACUGGCCGAAUACAUGGCAAGUGCAGGCCGCAAGGAAGACUCCCUGGACAAGGCUGUGGAGCAGAUGGGGCGCAAGACACGGGACUUGCGGCGGCAGCUGCGCAAGGCAGUCGUGGACCACGUGUCAGACUCGUUUCUUGAGACACAGGUGCCUCUACUAGUGCUGGUAGAGGCAGCACGUGCUGGGGACGAGCGACAGGUCGAGGAGUAUGCGCGUGUGUUUGCCGAGCAUGCCCACAAGCUGGUUGAAGUGGCCAGCCUGGCCUGCUCCAUGUCAAGCCACGAGGAUGGUGUGAAGAUGGUGCGAUGUGCGGCGGCCCACAUUGAGGGCCUCUGUCCACAAGUAGUGAAUGCAGCUCGUAUCCUUGCUGCAAGACCGCGAUCUAAAGUUGCGCAGGAGAACAUGGAUGCUUUCAGAGAUGCCUGGGAGACGCAGGUGCGUCUGCUUACAGAAGCUGUUGAUGACAUGAUUCUUCUUUUUUCCAUAGAAAAUCACAUUCUUGAAGAUGUCAACAAGUGCGUGCUGGCUCUGCAAGAGAACGAUGCAGAUGCUUUGGACCGUACCGCUGGUGCCAUUCGAGGGCGGUCAGCCCGUGUGUGCAAUGUGGUAACUUCUGAAAUGGACAACUAUGAGCCAGGUAUCUACACAGAAAGAGUACUUGAGGCUGUGGCAGUGCUGAGAGAUCAAGUUAUGCCCAACUUUGCCCAGAAGGUUGAGAUGGCAGUAGAAGCACUGAGUGCCAGUCCUCAGAAAGAGAUAGAUGAAAAUGAAUUUAUUGAUGCUUCACGUCUAGUUUACGAUGGCGUUCGUGAGAUUCGACGUGCAGUGCUCAUGAAUAGGAGUGCCGAGGAGUUGGACUCCGAAACUGAGAUUGAGUACGAGGAUAACACCUACGAAACACGCAGCAAAUCCAGUGCCCACACUGCAGACUAUGAUGAGUAUCCAGACAUCAGUGGCAUCAACAACACACGAGAUGCUUACCGCCUCGUGUCUGAAGAAGAGAAGCAGAAGAUUGCUGCUCAGGUGGAGACAUUCCGCACAGAGAAGAACAAGUUUGACCGCGAAGUGGCCAAAUGGGAUGACACCGGCAAUGAUAUCAUUGUGCUGGCUAAGCAGAUGUGCAUGAUUAUGAUGGAAAUGACUGAUUUCACAAGGGGCAAAGGGCCCCUGAAAACAACUAUGGACGUCAUCAACGCUGCAAAAAAGAUAUCAGAGUAUGGCACGAAACUGGACAAAUUGGCACGAACCAUUGCUGACCAGUGCCCAGAGUCGAGCACCAAGAAGGAUCUAAUUGCUUAUCUUCAGCGCAUAGCACUUUAUUGUCACCAGCUCAACAUCACCAGUAAAGUGAAAGCUGAUGUGCAGAACAUAUCUGGAAACCUCAUUGUCUCUGGGCUUGAUAGUGCCACAUCUCUGAUUCAAGCUGCUAAAAACUUAAUGAAUGCAGUGGUGCUAACAGUGAAAGCUUCAUAUGUAGCAUCUACUAAGUAUCCAAGAAGUGGCGUUGUGAGUUCACCAAUUGUUGUGUGGAAGAUGAAGGCACCUGAAAAGAAGCCUCUGGUUCGCCGGGAGAAGCCUGAAGAAGUCAGAGCUAAAGUACGCAAGGGCUCACAGAAAAAGAACAUCGCGCCCAUCAAAGCGCUCAGUGAGUUUCAGAGUCUGGCCGAAUCAGUCUGAGUGGCAUGCCCUCCUGCACGGCCUGUCCUCGUAGCCCCAUUCGGUGCUAGGUUGUGAACAGUCACACACAGGUGGUCACCUCCCCAAUAAAGAAAAUCACCUCCCUCCA